AUGCCUAGGAGGGCCGGGAGCGGGCAGCUGCCGCUACCCCGGGGCUGGGAGGAGGCCAGGGACUACGACGGCAAGGUUUUCUACAUCGACCACAACACCAGGAGGACCAGCUGGAUCGACCCCCGGGACAGGUUAACGAAGCCCUUGUCGUUUGCUGAUUGUGUUGGGGAUGAGCUGCCAUGGGGAUGGGAAGCAGGGUUUGACCCUCAGAUUGGUGUCUACUACAUCGAUCACGUCAACAAAACCACACAGAUAGAAGAUCCGAGAAAACAAUGGAGGGGAGAACAGGAGAAAAUGCUCAAGGACUAUCUCUCAGUGGCGCAGGAUGCACUCAGGACACAGAAGGAACUGUACCACGUGAAGGAGCAAAGGCUGGCUCUGGCCCUGGAUGAAUAUGUACGAUUAAACGAUGCUUAUAAGGAAAAGUCCAGUUCUCGCACAAGCUUGUUCUCAGGAUCUUCAUCCAGUACUAAAUACGAUCCCGAUAUUUUAAAAGCUGAGAUCUCCACCACGCGAUUAAGGGUUAAAAAGCUGAAGAGAGAACUCUCCCAGAUGAAGCAAGAGCUGCUCUAUAAAGAACAAGGCUUUGAAACACUGCAACAAAUUGAUAAAAAAAUGUCCGGAGGCCAGAGUGGGUAUGAACUUAGCGAAGCCAAGGCCAUCCUGACGGAGCUGAAGUCUAUCCGGAAGGCCAUCAGCUCAGGAGAGAAGGAAAAACAAGACCUGAUGCAGAGCCUUGCAAAGCUGCAGGAGCGGUUUCAUCUGGAUCAGAGCAUCGGCAGAUCUGAGCCAGACUUGAGCUCCAGCCCUGUGAACUCUCAUUUGUCUCUCUCCAGACAAACCCUCGAUGCUGGGUCACAGACCAGCAUUUCCGGAGAGAUCGGAGUGAGAAGUAGAUCAAAUUUAGCAGAAAAGGUCAGGCUAAGCCUCCAGUACGAAGAAGCCAAAAGAAGCAUGGCCAACUUGAAGAUUGAACUGUCGAAGCUGGACAGUGACGCCUGGCCCGGGGCGCUGGACAUCGAGAAGGAGAAGCUGAUGCUGAUCCACGAGAAAGAGGAACUUCUGAAAGAGCUCCAGUUCGUCACGCCGCAGAAGCGCACGCGAGCCGAGCUGGAGCGCCUGGAGGCCGAGCGGCAGCGGCUGGAGGAGGAGCUGCUGGCCGUGAGGAGCGUGCCCAGCCAGGCUCUGGCCGAGAGAUUGAAGUUGGAAGAGAGAAGGAAAGAGCUGCUACAGAAACUUGAAGAAACUACCAAAUUAACUACUUACUUUCAUUCGCAACUGAAAAGCCUCUCCGCCAGCACUCUGUCCAUGUCUUCUGGGAGCAGCCUGGGCUCGCUGGCGUCCAGCCGGGGGUCCCUGAACACCUCCAGCAGAGGCUCCCUCAACUCGCUCAGCUCUUCGGAGCUGUACUACAGCAGCCCGGGCGACCAGCUGGAUCUGGACUAUCAGUACAAACUGGACUUCCUUCUGCAAGAGAAGGGCGGCUACAUCCCUUCUGGGCCCAUCACCACCAUCCACGAAAACGAAGUCGUGAAGUCCCCCAGCCAGCCUGGCCAGAGUGACCCCUGCGGGGCGGCGGCCACGGCAGCUGGCCACCCGCCCCCGCUGAGCGAGGUCCCCAAGUCUGUGACGUCCCUGUCGUCCAGGUCCUCCCUGUCGUCCCUGUCCCCGCCCGGUUCGCCCCUGGUGCUGGAAGGCGCCUUUCCCGGGCCUGCUCAGGACACCCCCCUGCAGUUCACUGCUGACUUUGAAGAAUGUGAGCUGAGUGGGCCCUUUGCAGACAUCGGCCUGGGGGAGACUGCGAUCCCCCCGCUGGACGCCGACUUGGGAACAGCCUCCCGGUCCUUUUUGGAGGAGAAGGGCCUGAGUGAGGGGGCGAGGGAGCCGCUGCACGAAGGCAGUGCAGAUGUGGAGAAAACUGUACCGAGAAGAAGAGCAAACCACUUGCUUGGGGAGAAAACGGCCUGCGUGUCUGCCGCCGUGUCCGAUGAGUCUGUGGCUGGAGACAGUGGCGUCUAUGAAGCAUCCGUGAAACAGCCGAGUGAAAUCGAAGACAUUGCGUUUGGUGAAGCAGACACUGCCAUUGUGGAGACUGCCCAGGUGCAGAUCGGACUAAGACACGACGCGGCCAGCUCCAGUUUCAUGGUGAUGGUCGCACAACUCCGGAAUCUCCAUGCCUUCUCGAUACCUCAGACUUUGAAAGUCUAUUUUAGGGUGGCUGUACUUCCUUCUUCCACCGACGUCAGCUGUCUGUUUCGAACCAAGGUCCAUCCAGCCACAGAAUUGGUUUUGUUCCACGAUGUGUUCCGCGUGGCCAUUUCCCAAACGGCCUUACAACAGAAGACGCUGAGAGUAGACCUGUGCUCCGUCACUACACACCGACGGGAAGAAUGCCUGGCUGGAACUCAGAUCAGCCUGGCAGAUUUGCCGUUUUCCCAUGAGAUGUUCACCCUGUGGUAUAACCUGCUUCCUUCCGAGCAAAUGGCUUGCACAAAGCGUGAAGGAGAAAAUGCGGACUCAGCAUUGCAGCCCGACCAGCCAUCUGUAGGCUCCAUCGACCUGGAUGCAGUGUCAGCCUUGCUUGCAAGAACCUCCGCUGAGCUGCUGGCUGUGGAACAAGAAUUGGCACAAGAAGAAGAGGAAGAAGAACCAGGGCAAGAAACAGAGCCAAGGGUCCCAGAAGGAGACUGGUUGACAAGGCUAGGAGAGGCCUCUGACGAAAAUGUGACUGAAGAAGGGACUGACGUUAAACUACGAAGGGGCGGUAGCCGUAUCGAAGACUUAAAUUCAAACACUAAUGUGUCUGAGAUGAAGGAACACACAAACAGAGAAGACAGUGACGGUGCCAAAGACCCUGGAAGUCAGCCACCCGCCGGAAUGCCCACCCUGGUUGAUAAAGAGACAAAUACCGAGGAAGCAGUUGAUGAGAGUGUGGCCGUCCGCCCCAAAGACCGCAGCAGCCUGAGCUCCCGGCAGCAUCCCUUUGUGAGGAGCAGCGUGAUCGUUCGCUCACAAACCUUUUCUCCGGGAGAACGCAACCAGUACAUCUGCAGGUUAAAUCGAAGUGACAGCGACAGUUCGACUUUGGCUAAAAAACCACUGUUUGUGAGGAACUCCAACGAACGGCGGAGUUUGAGGAUUAAAAGGACCAUGUGCCAGCCAGUCUUGAGGAGAACAACCCAAGACUGCCCUGUGCGGACCUCUCUCGACUUAGAACUGGACCUCCAGGCGUCCCUGACCCGGCAGAGCCGGCUCAACGACGAGCUGCAGGCCCUGAGAGGCCUGAGGCAGAAGCUGGAGGAGCUGAAAGCUCAGGGCGAGACGGACCUGCCGCGGGGCGUGCUGGAGGACGCCGGGUUCCAGAAGCUCCUGAAACAAGCGGAGAAGCAGGCUGAACUGUCCAAAGAAGAGCAGAAGCAAGACUUGAAUGCUGAGAAGUUGAUGCGACAAGUCUCCAAGGACGUGUGUCGGCUUCGGGAGCAGAGCCGGAAGGUGCCGCGGCAGGUGCAGUCCUUCAGGGAGAAGAUUGCCUACUUCACCCGAGCAAAGAUCAGCAUUCCUUCCCUGCCGGCUGAUGAUGUAUAAUUACAUCAUUUGAGACAUUCUGUUUUUCAACCGCUCACUUGUUUUGGGAGCGUGAAAGAGCGAUCCUUUGGUUUGGUUUGUAACAUAACUGUCAGCUCUUAAAGAGCUUGUAUUUUCACAUCACAUUUUCAACUGAUUAAUUUGUAAAGUACCUUGAAUGUAAUUUGUAUUACCCCCUCCCUUUCUCUCCGUAAAUCAGAUAAUGCAAGCAGAGUAAUCUGGUACACAAACAUACAACGUGUGUGCUUUGUCGCUGGGCCGAGGGAUCAGAUUGGCAGCGGGCGGCACCAGGCUGCCCUGUUGAGCGGCCUGGGCAGGCACCGCUUGUUCGGCAGAGGGGCUUUGGCAUUUCCUCUGUCGGGUGAGUCCACUGUGAAGGUGGCGGCAGUGCCAUGCGCUCCUUGUGCCCACAGGGCAGCUACGGCCAUGCGGAGCUUCCUGACAGAGCGCCACAUCCACCGGAACCGUGGAUGGUACCACACCUGUCACCUGUCAAGGAACCCUUUGGUUCCUGAAAACGUUGUCCUCUGUGUCCUUUGAGAUUUGUCUAAAGAAAACAAACACUUGACAGACCGAACGCAGGAAUAUAGAAACGCAAAGGAGCAUCCUACACUCCUGGGCCCGUGACUCAACGGUGCUUGGCUGCGCUGGAGGUGGGAGCCCAGAGAAGGGAAGCGGUGUCCCUAAAACCCACGCCCGAGCCAGCAGGGGAGCCGUCUGAGCUUGCACAUGUGCCCCAGCGUGGGUGUCUGGUGUGUGUCCGAGCGUGGUACCCACGGGACAGACGCUUAGGGGCUCAUUUGGUGAAACUGGGAACAAGCAGAAAAGAAUCUUGGCGGAGCCAGAAUUGCCAAAAAUAAAGCAAUACUUUAUCAAAUGGACUUCUAGCGUUUCCUAGAACUUUACUGUGCAGCUCCCAUUGGUAGGGGAUUCCAUCUGUAAUUUACGGCCAAGAGUUGGGAUGCCCAGAGAAUAGUAUGACUGGGCUGUUGAUUUGGGUCUAAGCCGAACAGUUUAUAAAGCAGCCAUCCAACCCGCUUCAGACGAACACAGCUAGAGAUGAAAACCAAGUGUCCUCUGGUUUCGAAUUUCCGCUUCUCCAGGGCAGGGCUUCAAGAAGCUGCGCCUCAGUGUGGCCCGGCCAGGGCUUCCAAAAGUAGCCUUUCUGUGCCGUGACGCACACGCAGUGCUCAGUCUCAUGCUGGAAGAAGACGUUUUUUGGUUAACCACCUUACCGUAGCAAAUUUUUUAAAAAAACUUCAAAGAAGGAGCUUCUUAAAAGUUUUGUUCCUAAGCUCGAAGAAUCCUCACUCGCCAGGUGGUUGUUUUCCAAAAGUGAUUAUACAUUUUUCAGGAAGUUCAUUUGUUCAGAAUCAAAUUCAAAUUCAGCAAUAUCUGAGCCUACCACUUUAAUUAAUGAAGACCAUUGAACCAUGCUUUUUUCCCCUGCAUAAAUUUCCCACCUCCUGUAUGCAGAUGCCUUGGAAGAUAUAACUGGAUAUGACACUAUGAAGAGAAACCCACCCGGGGGAACUGACUGAGUAUAGUCCCUCAGGGCGGCCCAGGCUACCUGCUUAGACGCCUGAAGUAAAGCAGAGAGAAUACCAGUCAGUCAAGGUGAAAUGUGAAAGACAGACAUUCUGAAGUUUAUUUAAUGUAGAGGUAAAUGAAGGUCAGCUGUCUCAGCUUUUAAGUUUGGCUAUGAAAAUAGUUAUGUGUAGUGCUGUUCGAUCUUAUUUUCUUCAUUUAUUUAUUUACGGUCUUAUUUAUGUUCUGUUUAAUAUAUAAUUCGGUCUGGCCAUUUUUAAGUGUUUUGACAUAGAAGAGGCUAUCUUGGAAAUAUUUACAGCUUUAUAAAUCUUCAUCAGACUAGCUGUUCACUUUUUUCCUUUUUAAUAAAAAAAAUGUUUCAGACAAAGUGUUAAAGAAUAAAAUCUGUCUCAGGCUGGUAGUUAAUAGUUGGGACCAAGGUCUAGGUUUUAUUUUGCAAAAUGUGCUCAUUUCUAGCAUGAGGGACGAGCUUAUUUUAAUAUAACCCGUUGUCCAUACCUUUAAACAUCAGCAAUAUGUUAUGUAUUUAUAGGCAGCUUUUAACACUCUAUCGUUAUUUGUACUAACCCCAGUGAUUCACAAAACAUUUUAAUAACUUGAUCACAAAACCAUAUGGAUAAAUAUGAAUUUUAAUAUUAUAAAUACUGUUUUUAAAGGUAGAAUUUAUUCUGCACAAGGUGAAAAGAAGGUUAUACUUAGUUCUCAGCUUUGCAUUACCAGUAGACUAUUACAGUUUUGUAUAUCAGAAUCUGAAUGUUACAGGUACAAAAAGAAUACUCAUCAAAUGAACACAGUUUAGCUGCAACUCUGUAGCAUGUAAAUCAAAUUUUAAUAUUUUUUUUGCUAUUGCUAUAUCUAUAUUGUAUUAAAUAUCAAAAGCUCAGGACUGAACUAAAUAUUUAAUCAGGUUAAAUUCUUGAACAUGUUUCUGUUAUAAUUUGUCUUGUUUAUAAAAGUAUGCAAAUACAUCAUGUAGAUUAACUUUGGUUUCUGUACUUUCCAUUUGUUUGUGGAUGGAAAAUUUCAGUGGGUUCCCCCCACACACACAAAAAAGAAACAAAGCUGCAUAUUACCUAA